CCCAUUUUUUUUUCCCCCUCGGCACUGUUUGGAAUGUGAUUUAAAAAUACCACCUAAAGUCGCAGUUUGGGGAAAAGCUUUCUGGACGAGGAGAAUAGCUCGCAAGCAAGGAAUGGGCUAGUAUUAGAAACCUGUACCAACAGCAGGCCAGACUCAAAUAUCAGCUAUGGCAACCCAUGCAUGAAGUUGAUGCCUUUGAACUAUUUCCUAUAGAUGAGAGACAUAGCACAUGCUGUGCUGUCUUCCACUGGGACAGAGGUGAAACUUCGACAGACCGCGUUUGUUGAGCACUGGUGCCCAGAUUUGCAGCUCUCCCCAGGAAGACCUCAGAACAAUUACGAGUGUGUCACCUGGACAAAAUGUAAAACUUCGCUGUCAGACUAUCCCAUCCCUGGUAUUUAUGAGCCGCCAUUUCUUGUAUUAUUUUGGUGAACCUACUCUGGAUGUGAAGAUUGCCUUUUGUCAGGGAUUUGGGAAACAAGUGGAUGUGUCAUAUAUUGCCAAACAUUACAACAUGAGCAAAAGCAAAGUUGACAACCAGUUCUACAGCGUGGAAGUUGGUGACUCGACCUUCACAGUCCUCAAACGCUACCAGAACUUGAAACCUAUUGGCUCUGGGGCUCAGGGAAUAGUUUGUGCUGCAUAUGAUGCCGUCCUUGACAGGAACGUGGCCAUUAAGAAGCUCAGCAGACCAUUUCAGAACCAAACUCAUGCCAAGCGAGCUUACAGGGAGCUGGUCCUCAUGAAGUGUGUGAAUCACAAAAAUAUUAUCAGUUUAUUAAAUGUCUUCACACCACAGAAAUCUCUGGAGGAGUUCCAGGAUGUCUACCUGGUAAUGGAGUUAAUGGAUGCCAACCUGUGCCAGGUCAUUCAGAUGGAGCUGGACCAUGAACGAAUGUCUUACCUUCUGUACCAAAUGCUCUGUGGAAUCAAGCAUCUUCACUCUGCAGGGAUUAUUCACAGGGAUUUAAAACCAAGUAACAUUGUAGUAAAAUCUGACUGCACGUUGAAGAUCCUGGAUUUUGGGCUGGCCAGGACUGCAGGCACUAGCUUCAUGAUGACCCCGUACGUGGUGACACGUUACUACCGAGCCCCGGAGGUCAUCCUGGGAAUGGGCUACAAGGAGAACGUGGAUAUAUGGUCUGUGGGAUGCAUUAUGGGAGAAAUGGUUCGCCACAAAAUCCUCUUUCCAGGAAGGGACUAUAUUGAUCAGUGGAAUAAAGUUAUUGAGCAGCUGGGAACGCCCUGUCCGGAAUUCAUGAAGAAGCUGCAGCCGACAGUACGGAACUACGUUGAGAACAGACCCAAGUACGCCGGCCUCACUUUCCCCAAACUUUUUCCAGACUCUCUCUUCCCAGCAGACUCAGAACACAACAAACUCAAAGCCAGCCAAGCCAGGGACCUCUUAUCAAAGAUGCUGGUCAUUGAUCCAGCCAAGAGGAUAUCAGUAGAUGAAGCCUUACAGCAUCCAUACAUUAAUGUCUGGUACGACCCAGCAGAGGUGGAGGCGCCUCCUCCUCAGAUAUAUGAUAAACAGCUGGAUGAAAGGGAACAUACAAUCGAGGAAUGGAAAGAACUCAUCUACAAAGAAGUAAUGAAUUCCGAAGAAAAGACUAAAAAUGGAGUAGUAAAAGGACAGCCUUCUCCUUCAGGUGCAGCAGUGAACAGCAGUGAGAGCCUCCCUCCAUCCUCAUCUGUCAACGACAUCUCAUCCAUGUCCACGGAUCAAACCCUGGCGUCUGACACGGACAGCAGCCUGGAAGCUUCUGCGGGACCCCUCGGUUGUUGCAGGUGACUAGCCGCCUGCCUGCGAAACCCAGCGUUCUUCAGAGGAUGAUGGAACCUAGGAGGGAAACAGUUAUGGGAGCUAAGAGAUGAAAAGAAAGAGAAAUAAAACACAAAGAUUUAAGCGAAACAAAGAAACAAACAA